AUGCUCUUUGCAGCCUCCCUGGCUGAGCUCCAAGCCGAGGCCAGCUGCCCCAUCUGCCUGGAUUACCUGAGAGACCCAGUGACCACUGACUGUGGGCACAACUUCUGUAGCUCCUGCAUCCACCAGCGCUGGGAAGACCUACAGGACAUCCUCCCCUGUCCUGUCUGCUUCCACCGCUGUCCUGACAGGAACUUCAAGAGGAACGUGCAGUUAGGUCAUGUGACCAAUUUGGUCCAGCAGCUUCCCGCCAGGAGGAGCAAGAGGAGACUGCAGGAAGGGAAAGACCUGUGUGAGCAGCACGGUCAGCCUCUGACCCUGUUCUGUGAGAAGGACCUGGAGCUGCUGUGUCCCCGGUGCAAGGUCUCCUCCGGCCACCGGGGCCACCCUCUGACACCCAUUGAGCGAGCUGCGGCUGACCACAGGAAGAAGCUCAAAAGCUACAUCGAGCCCUUGAAGAAGCAGGUUGAAGACACUGAAAAGGGGUUAGAAAUGCAAGUCUCAAAUUUAUUUGAGUUGAGACAGAGGGUGGAAAAUCGAAAACAUAAACUGCAUGCUGAUUUUGAACAAUUUAAGCAUUUCUUGGGAAAGGAGCAGGGUGCAGUCCAUAUUAGGUUACUAAUUGAAGAGAAUCGUGUUGAAGAAAAAAUAAUUGAAAGCAAAAACCAAAUGUCAGACCACCACUCCACACUAAGGAGUCUGCUUAGUGAAAUAACAGAGAAGUGUUUGCAGACAGACCUAGAUUUACUGACGGGUAUUGAAAGUAUCCACAACACCUAUGAACGCCUACAACCCCCAGUGGCCUUUUCAUAUAAAUUAAAGAAGGAGGUUAGCCACACCACCUUAAAACCCUUACCACCUUCUCCAUUCAGUGAUCCCAAGGGGAAGAUCCACCUCCCACAGCGCCAGCAUCUCCCUGGCCGCCUGACCCAUCACAGGGGCUUUGCAGGUACUUGGCACACCUCUUCAGAGAAGGAAGAGGUAGACCAGACAAAGAGUGGUGGGCGGCAAAGCAAAGUUUAUCCAGCGAUCAUACAAAGCUCCUAA